GUUCGAAGAGAGACAAAAUGGCGGACGAGUGGAAAGGUUUGUCCACGAUUCGACCUUGGCGUUGAUUGUUUUUCCUUCAGAGACAUUUUUGGACAUUACUAGUACAGUGUAGUGAACAAUGAAAACGCAAAUUCAUUUACUUCCUUCAUCUCUGCUUUUUUGGUCCUGUUGAUUGGAAGACUUGACGAGUUUUAUCUUCGCUUUGAAGAAAUAGUAGAUCAUUAAACUAUUUCCUGUUUUCGAAUGAUGAUACGAUGGCAAAAGGAAAAGUUUCGUCGUCUUCUGGGGGAUCCAUGGCUAUUGAGUCAACUGUGAAGCGAGUAACUGAAUCUGAAAGGUAAAAUAUGCAGUCAACUUUAAUUACUGUGCCCUUUGUAUCGUUCGAACUGAAAUAAGCGCGCCUUACUUUAAGCUUAAUACGUACGGGUAUUAAAAUAUUUUAGGUGUAAGCUCAUACGAAGGUUAACGUCAUGAUUGGUUUACUUUUCAGAAUAAGGCUUAUUCAAUAAGGCUCCGAAUACAUAAAACUUCAAAUUUCUUAAAUUUCAAGGGGUGACUAACGUAGUUUUAUUCAGCAAUUUUGAUUUUGUUCCAUUGGUUAGGUCGUUCAACCUUGCCAAUUUAAGGGUCGCAGAUAAGGGUCUAAUUUCAAGAAGGGAUGGCAGUUGCCCUUGCAAGAGGAUUGCUGUAGCACUCGCACAUUUCUUUUCUUUUAUGUGAUACAGCAGGUAGGGUUACUCUGGCGCCAGGGUAACCCUAAUUGAGUGCAAGGAUUAUCCUAAUAAGUGGUGAACCCUACCUGCCCUGUAAACACUCUGAUAAUGUUAGACAACUUUGCUCUGUCGUGCAUGACAGGUAAAUCUUGAAAAACUGAAUGGAGUGAUUCAAUUUUUGAGCUAAAUGUUAUCAAUAUUAGGUAUUUUCUGUGUACAAUGAUAUUAUUUGUCCAUUUUUUCAUGUUUUCCAUGGAGGUCUUUAAGAUUUUAUUCAUUUUUUUGCCUUGGAUAGCAAAUUCAAGCGGGUAGGAACUCUUGAGCUGUCAAAUCCUCCAGGGUGGGGGAAAAAAAAAGGGCUAAUGCCCUGUCCUCCGUCAACACUGCAACAUUUUUCAUUGAUUGCACAGUCAAGCAAAGUCUUCCUUUGUAGUGGCAAUAGGAUUCUAAUUAAGACUUCAUGCCAUGACGACGUGCACCAGUUUAUGGUUUUAGUUUUGAUAUAAAAUUAUUAACAUUAAAAUUAAUAGAGCGCUGUUAAGUUAUAUAUUAUGAAUAGGUUAUAAAUAUGAAAGGAUGUUCUUCAAGUAAUAUCGACAGAAAUCACUUGAUUCACUAACCAAAAAACGUUGAUUCAUGUCGAUAGCUCCUGAGUUUCACUAUGUAAUUCUGGCUUGAUGAGCACUGAAGAAAUGCAUGCAUAAAAUUGAGAACAUGCCUUUAGAACCCCUUGUCCUGCUGGAAUUGACUCAUGCAUUACAAAAUACGUUUAUUAAGUCUUGUGUGGCCACUGAAGUUUAUUGAUUAGGGUGCGGAAACUGAGUGAAUCAGAUUUCAUUUAGGGUCAUUAUACUGGGAAAACUGACCUGAAACUUGAUCCACUCAGUUUCCUAACCAUAAUCACUAAACUUCAGCAGCGUAGUUCAUAUGAGUAGUUCAUGGUGGUAGUCCAGGUUGUGGUGAUUUCCAAAGGCUCUUUGCCAAUGAGAAAACAGAUGUAUAAACAAUGUAUAAUCAUGGUAAUAAUCAAGCUGUUCUUGUGACUAUUGUUAUUUUACAGACAAAGUGUGAUGUCCCAGAAGGUUUGCAUCAUGUUGACUCCUUGUGAUCUGAUAACUGAUAUUGAUUGUAAUUCUAAAGCAAAAGAAACUAGUUCAGAAGUUGAUUUGCAAUCCACUGGAAAUGCUGACCAGAUGGGCUCAAGUGGAACAGGGAAUCAAAGCCAUAAUGGUGAUGCAGUUUGCGUAGCAGAUGCAAGCAUAAUUGAAGAUGAAGUGAGGUCACCUUCUAAUGGCUUUAGUCCAGGUAACUUUUAUGGGUCAAAGAAACAAAACAUAUCACCAAGGGUAAGAUUAUUUUCUCCAAGUGCUCAAAAAAUAUUAAGGGAAGAACAUGGCAAUUCUUUAAGUAAACAUUCUUUGGCUGUGAAAAGGAAAAAUAAGAAACAGGGAAACUCAUCUGAGGUGAGAAAAAAGCAGAGGACUUCAAACAUGACGAGACAAGGUGAAUUCUCCGAAGGAAAACAAAGAUCAGUUGCAACUGGAAAACAAACUUUUAGUGCAUUUGUAGAUAGUACAACAAAUGUCAGUAAGGCUGAAAAUCAUGUUGAAAGCAAGGAUGAAACAAAGUUAUGCAAGUCAGAAAUUAAUGGAUUUGAAAGCAAUUUUACUAAGGAGAAGAGGUUCUCGUCUUGUGGUGCAUUUGAACAAAGUAACAAUACUUCAGCUGGAGCAAUGAGUAGUGAUUCAAGCCCAACAAUGGCCAAUGUUACCUCUUCAAAUGCAAGUGAGGUUGAAUCCGUUGACUCAGAAGUAAGCCUUUACAGUGGUCCUGGUUCUGUAAUAGAUGGUUUGUUUCUGAGAAAGAAUGGCAACGAAUACUUCUUCUCUAAUUUGUUGGACACUGAUACACAAAAUACUGAAGAGUCUGCCUGUCAGAAAUUCAGCAGAGAGAGCAUUAUAAAUGGUGUAACAACGUUGAACCCAUCUUCUGCAUGUGAUAAUGUACAAAGAUUCACAGAGGAACCUCCCAUCUCUUGUGAUGUUGCUGACAAUUCCCAGUCAAGUUUUUCAAUUUCACUGCCAUCACCAGACACCAGUGAGAGUGAUUUUACACUAAAACUCUCAGAAAAAGAAGCAGAUUCAAGCUCAACAAAAAGUUCUCCAGAACACCAAGCACCAAUCACGAAAUAUUUCAAAAGCGUAACAGGACCCAAGUGUAGAACAAAGCUCAUAACGAGAAAUGUCUCAUCCUCAGGAAUGUCCUCCAUAGAGAACUCUCCAGAAGUUAAAACCAGGUAAGUCUAAAUUUAUAAGUAUAAAUAAAACUCGAUCAACAUAAUAUUAUCUAUGUUUGGGGCAUAUACGGUUUGUGCAGACUCGAAAAGUCCUUGAAUUUCAGCCGCCAUCACAUAAAAUCCUUCAAUUAUACUACAUCCUUGAAAAGCUCUUGAAUUUUAUGUUUCAUCUUUAAAGUGCUUGAGACGUAAGAUAUGUUAUCCUCAUUUUUAGCAAAUUUCCGUUUUGGAGAGUAGUUUUCAAUGUUCAACUUCACAUGAACACAUCCAUACAUCAUCAAAAAUUUAUGUAUUGAGCGAUUUCUUAAUUUUAUCGGUUUUUGGUCCUAAAUUUAACAUAAAUUAAAGGUAGUUUUUUGGUGUUGCGGACACGUAUAAUCACCAAAUGAUGUAAAUACAAAAGAUUGAAAAGACACCAAACAAUAUCCACAUCAGAGCACAAAAGCAAACCAACAAUGGUUUCUCCAACACCAGGAAACACCCCAGUUGUGGUAUGCAACAGAGUGCCCACCUCAUGCUUUGCUGCAAAGGGGCUUCUUGCUCCUGUGCUUCUCUGCAGUCUGUUUUAUUAUGAGUCACUGUCAUCAUGCUUGACAAUUACUCAAGUGUUGUUUUUAUGGAUUAGUUUACUCAAAUGUAAUAAAUUGUCCAGAACUUUAAUUUGUUCCUCUGGUUUUGCUUUUUUGGAUAAAUACAGUACAGUAAAAACCCGUGUAUAAAAACCUAAGUUUUUGCAAGCUGGGCUUAAAAGCAGGCUUUUAGCCAGACAUUGGAAACUGACCAUCCAGAAGGCAUGUUUUCCCAUAAAAUUAUUGGAGAUUAAGUGAAUUUUCCUUGUAUUCAUUUCAAAAAUGGGCAUCCAUAGGAUGGCUGGACACCCUUCUGGCUGAAACCUUGCUAAGAAGGUUCUUAUAAAAAUGGUGUUAACUGGAAAACUAAGCUACUCAGAUUCUUAAACAGGUUCUUAUUUUUAAAAAAAUAAAUGAGCUGUUUGUCAUUUGUGCAUGUUGCCUAUUUUAGGCUUAUUUUUGGUAUUGCAUGCAUAAUAUGUUAUAAAAUCCCUUUAAUCCAAGCAUGUUAAAACCAUUUAUGAAGGAUAUAUAGAUCUACAUGUCAAUAAUUGUCUCAUUGCCAGGGUUUUGUCUUCAUUUUACAUGUACUAACUGGUAGAGCUUGUUCUAUUAAAUUUGUGUUUUCAGUGGUUGACUAAGUUUCUCAAAAUAAGAACCUGUUUCAAAAUUGUAGGCUAAAGCAGUUUCUUAUUGAAAAGGGGUCUAAAUGGACAAUCUUAGUCUAACAGGUUCUUAAAAUUGAGGUUCUUAUUCGUGAGUUUUUACUGUAUUAAUUAUUUGCUUAUUGAUUCCAUAGUGAGGGAAGGGUAGCUCUAGAUAAUAAUUUUGUAUGUGUUUGUUAUAACAGGAUAUCUCCAUCCAGAAGAAGUAAAGUUGGGAAGAGACAAGAGCAAAUGUACUUGGUAGGUUUUAGACUACAUAUGAUAUUUUCCUGCACAACUCUAAUUAUAUAAGCUACCCUGCUAACCCAAAGGCCAGGUCACUUCAGGUCACUCAAUGGAGUCAGAGUCGUAAUCAGGAGUGUAGAACUUUGCUAUUUAGUGAAAACAGUGUUCUGAUUCCACUUACAACUCCGUUGUUUGCCAUCAAAUGAAAACUGGGUUGUCAGGGUCGUGAGCUGAAGCAGAAGAACUAAACCGAUCACAAAGCGUAGAAAUAUGGAUUGUGAUUGGUUAUCCUUCCGCCUCUGCUUCCAACUCUAACAAUCUGGUUUUGACUAGAUCAUAAGCAGAACGAGGUGACAUGGUCAUAAGUGGACUCAGAAGAAAACGGAAACGUUCUGAUUCUUCUGACUCUGAUUCUGUCAAGUUUAUGACUCUGCAUACGACUCCGCUUACGAUUUCGACUCUGACUCUGUCGCUAGUGUAAACCAGCGAUUACGAGUUGUUAUAAACCUCUCAAUGAAAGCCUAUAUGAUGUCAAAAGAUAGUAUUGAUUUAUUGUUGAUGAGUAAAUUAUAACAAAAUUAGCAAUGUGCAGUGUACUAGACUUCUAGUUAAACCAAAAAGUUGAUUUCCACUUAAUUUGUACAAUUGUCUCCAGUAAAUGCAAAAUAUAAACUGGUUAUACAUUUGUUUUUACAAGGAUUUAGGUCAGAAGGAUUUUGGACAUGUGACCUGUCCCACCUGUGGAAUGGUUUAUACUAAAGCCCAGCCAGAUGAUGAAGCUGAACAUAUCAGACAUCACAAGAGAUUUGUCAGUGGGCUGAGGUUUACAGUAAGUACUGUUCAACAACUUGAUCAAUUUUCCAUAACUCUACUCUUGAAAGUCCUCAUUUUUGGACUGUUGAGAAACUACAGUACACAUUGUAGAAUCCUGAUUUCUCAAACAGGUGUUGCAAAAACUAAGACCCUCCAAAAACUUAGACCUAAGGCCUGUAUUAGUUAAUUUCGAGAUAACUUAUACUAGGACCCCCUAAAAUCGAAUCUGUCGAAGUAUGAAGUCAAAUUGUAACCAAAGUAGGUUUAAUCUGUCAAAUUGUCUUCUGUCUGAUCCUUUCCACCAACUUUUACACUGUAGGUCAAAUUUAACAGUAAAUUUAGGGGUCUUAGUUUUCCUAGUUUCGAAAAGAAAGACCCCUUUUAGUUUUUCUCUUUUUAGUUCUUCUUAAAUGUUUAAAUAAAAUUUACCUUGAUUCGUUAAUUCUUAAAACCUCCGAAUAAUGCAUGUACAUUGUAAAACAUGUAGUCUUGAGUUAUUUAUGCACUGGAAGUUAAAUUUUGGAUGCAAAGUGUUAGCUUUUGCGUAAACACGAGUAAUUAUUAAAACAGAGAAGCUAAGAGAGUGAGAGUAGGGCAACAUUUAAAGUUAUCAUAUAAAGUACCUAAGUAUUAAUGAAUAAUUUAUGCCUCAAUCUCCCAAUGCAGUAAAACAAACGUAAUCAGUGUGAGUCAGAUUAUUAUUUUAGUUGUGAAUAUUCAAUAUAAACAUCAUUAUUAUUCAUUCAAAAUAUUUCUCUGUUUCUGAUUGGCUAAAAUCACUUGCAUAAUUCAUGAUAACCAGCUACUGUUGACCAAAAGAAAAAAAGAAUUGGAAGAAUUUUGCCAUAUUGAACUGAUGAUGUUACUCACAUGCAGCUCAAAGCCGUUGAUCUUUCAAAAGUGCAGCAAAGUUACAGAUUAUUGAACCAUUAACCGAGAAGACCUGGGGACGAGUUUGAGUUGUUUUUGAAGUGAGUAAUGGCGGAACAUUUUACUCUUUUUACGGCAAACUGUUGUCUAAAAAGAUAGCAAGAACAGCAAGAAGACAACUCGAUGGACGACAUCUACUAUUUGGAGUUUAUUAGCAGACCUGAAAGGCCCUUUCUCUCCUAAACUUUGCGAUAAAGAUGCACUAUCGAUAUGAACUUAACAUUGACAGCAGUAAGCAUGUUUUAGCUUGCUUUUAAACUUGGAAUUAUUUUGAAUGAAUAAUAAUGCAAUUAUUGAAUUCAGCUUUCAUAGGAUAUGAGGAAUUAUGGAGAUCUUGGAGGGUGUUAUCCAACACCCUCCUCAAUCUGCAUAAUUCAUCAUAUCCUACUCAGACUCAUUCAAUAAUCGCUAAAUAUACAAACUCUCAUGAAAUAUUUUACCUGUGGUUAUCAUGCUGAUCAUUGUGUCUGGGUGUUUGUUAAGGGCUGGAAGAAUGAGAGUCUUAUCAAAGAGUAUCAGGAUGGACGAGUGAUUAUGGUGGGACCAGAUGAUCAUCCUCUUCAUCUUAAAAAGGUACUACCAGUAUAUAAACAUCAAGACAUCAAUGCUUGCAGGGUUGUCAUUAAGAGCCGGGGGCCGGGGAUUUUCCCCGGCUACUAAUAGAGUGGCCCCCGGCUACUUUUAUUGGAAAAUAGAAGAAAAAUAGAACCAAAAGAAAUCCCUAGCCGUUUGAUUCCCCACCUACUUGUUGUAUUUACCCGGCAACUUGAAAUCUUAGUGACAACCCUGUGCUUGCCAAUAACACUCCGGGCCCACUUCUUUAAAGGGAACCUCCACUUCAACAAAAAGAUAACUUUAAAUCACAGGAAAUAACUGUUACAGUCAAGUCAAUCUAAAAUAUUUUUAAAAAAAGCGUUUGUAUCCGAAAGAAAUAACUUUUAGAUUCGCCUAUUUUUGUUUUCAAAUUUUGCGGGCGCCGCCAUCUUGAAUAAUUGUGACGUGUUACGGUUGCCCUAUUGUUAUUAAACAAAAGCUCUUUGUGUCAGAACAAUAGAGCAACCAUAACAUGUCACAAUUAUUCAAGAUGGCGGCGCCCGCGAAAUUUGAAAGUGAAAAUAAGCGAUUUUAAAAUUCACUUUUCCUGAUAUAAACACUUUUUUAAGGACAAAUUUCGAACAAAUUUGUUUAUCAACAUAAUUUUAUUCGAUUUAAACUUAUUCUGUAGUAAGAGUGGAGGUUCCCUUUAAAGUCUGCAUAACUUCAUCUGUGAGAGCCACAGGUAAAAUCCAAAAGUAAAAUACACAGUUUGUAUUGGUAUUGCUGGCCCCAGCUCACAGGCCAAUCCAUUUGGCUUUGUUAACCAAUUCCAAUUGAUUAAUAGCAUUUCUAUGAAAACUAUUAAAAUCUUGACUUCAAACACAAUGGGCAUCAAACCGCCUUCCAGGCCCAAUUCUUACCCAAUGAGUUGGGUUGGAAGGAGGGGUUAGUAAUCCCCUAUGAAAAUGGCAGAGGAUGCUCACCGGCCAACUUCAAAAAAAACCCCUUCAAGUAGACUGUUCACUGCCCCCUAUUAUUCCAUAAGAUCGUGGAGAUCGAAGUGCAAGAGCAACCCCUCAUUUUUAUGUGAGUACCACCAGCUUUCCUUUCUACAGAAAAUGUAGUCUGCUAUACAGCUAAUUUGAAGUUGACUUUUAAAUGUUUUUUAAGGUUGAUGAAAUACGGAAAGUUGUUGAUAGUGAAUUGGGCUUUGUUGCUGAUGUACCUUACAUUCAGUCUGAAGCAAAGGUUAGUAGUUUGGAAAUCAUGGCCCGAAAUUUAUGAGCAAUUCACUGUUAUUUAUCAUUACAUGGGAAUGUAGCAGACAUCAGGAGUUUCUUGGUGUUUUAGAAGGGCACAAUCACCAAAUGACGUAUUAGAAAAGUUUAAAAAGACACUGAAAAAUACCCACACUACAAAACAAGACAACACUGAACACCAAGACCACAACACCAAGAAACACCCGAAACAUUAUGUUAUACAUUUGCAGGGUGUGGAGAGUUGAAGCCAAUUUGCCACUUUGGAAACGACACGGAAACUGGUCUGAGUUAACUUACUAAAAGAAAUCAUCUGGGAUCGUUACUGGAGACACGGCAGUCCGCUGUUGGCCAUUUUUUUUCUCUGUCCCCAGUUACAGUCCCAGAAUUCUCUGCGAACGUUAACAGUUUAAAUUCUCGUUUCUAAAUAAUCGGCGAAUUACAAACAUCUUUGUAAAGAGUUUGGACAAUCGCUCUUGGCAAAGACGUUUAUUAAAAGCCCAGAUGGUUGAAACAAUUGGAGUAUCAUAAACUUGCUACCUGUACUCUGUUUAACAGCUUCUCUUUCCUUUCAGACAUUCCUUUUCAUUACUGCAAAAAAGGUUGUUGGCUGUACCGUGGCAGUUCAAAUAGAUCAGGUAGGUUAACCCUACUAGCUGACUCCUCUUGUUUACGGAUUUCUGUCUUGGUACCAACGGAUUUUCCCGUAAAGCAGACACUUGGCUUUGAGCUUGAGGUGGUUUUACUUAUUCCACAUUUAGUGUUGUUUAUACAUUCAAUAACAAUGCUUCCAGUUUGUUUGAUUGAAGAUUUACUUUCAACCAAACAAAGUUACUCCCAUUUAGCGGGAAAAGAGGAUGAUUUUUACUCAUUAAUUUUUGAGAGAGAGAACUGCAGUCAGCGCAUUAGUGAUGAUGGCAAUAGUAUCCAACAUCUCACAUUUUUUGUCUUAAAGGGAUACCCAGUGUUACCUUCACCUGGAGAAUCAUCAACCCCCGAAAAACAGAUUGCGGCUUGGUGUUGCAGGUAAAGUGAGACUUUCACAAAACAAAUUAUUACCUUAUAACUUGCAUAAAACGGCCAAAAAAAGCACUUUACUUGAGUGUCAAUGUAUUUAGCACGAAAGUGCUAACUGGGGAUACUAUGUUAACGUCUCCUACUGGAGACGGGACCGCCAUUUUACGUGGUCAUCAGGGCCACGCGAAGGUCUAGCUGUUAGGACAGUACCUUCAAUUCUCAGUUAUUUUAAAAGCCUGAGUUCAGCUGAGUAAUUUUUUCCGGUCCCGGGAAUCGAACCUGCGACCUCCCUUGACCUUUCGCUCUGCAGUCAAGCGCUCUACUGACUGAGCUAAUCCUGCCGCGGUCAAAAUAUUUAGAAUAUAUAGGUCUUCCAGCAGGUCAAAAUUAAUCUUCUCUAAACAGGCCAAGACUCAUGGCUAAUGUUGAUUCCAGAUAGUGGAGGAUUUUAGAAAAAAAUACUGUGAAUGUUAACACCAACAGACCCUCUUUACAGGGAUGAACAUUGAACUGGGUGCAACAAGUCUCCGCAAAUUUAAAAAACUUUUCAAAAAAAAAGUCUUUAUUGGGGUAGCACAAUCGCUGCUGGUAACCCAGUAGUUUUCAUUGUGACCCACGAAUAAGGAAAGAAACAAAUAAUUGAAAUACCGGUUUACAUAACAAGGUUAAGAAUCGUAACUGCCCGGAGACAAACGAGUUGGCUGUUCAGAAGUUAAACUCGGGACUACCGUGAACAAAUCCAGCUAGCGCUCAAGGCAGGGAUUGAACUCAGAGCCUCCGGAUUGCCAUUCCAGCUCUCUAACUGCUCGGCCACUCUGCUUCCCGCCAAAUCGCCUUUAGUCAAAUAUGGCCUUGAACAAAAUUCUGUCAGCUGGUUCACAUCCUGCCUAUUUUCCAGGAGCCAACGAUGUAAUGUCAAUGGCCAUUUAUUCACCGCUACAUGCAAUUGUUCUCUGCUCGUGACUUUUGCUACAAUAUCCGUCGCUCUGGGAACAUCUUACAAGUACCCAAACCAAGAACAGACUAUCUUUAGGGACGUUUUGGGUAUUCAUGGGCUGUCCUUUGGAAUGGACUGCCAUCCGAAGUACGUAAGACCAUUAACCCCUACAAGGUUUAAAACGGGAAUUAUAGGCACCCACACGGCAAACACGUAAACCGGUACUUUAGAUUUUUAUUAUCUUUUUAUACUGAUUUUUUAUCCGUGUCUAAAUAAAGUAUGUCUAUGUCUAGUUUAGUUUAAGUCCUCCACAGUCCAAACGUAUUUAAUUUGCGGUCCAUCAUAAGUAGUUGCGGUAUCCAUUCGUCAACAGUUCCAUCAAAUCUUGUUCCUUUGUAGUACAACUCCCACACUUGCACAGUGUGGGAUUAGCAGAAUCUGGGUGCACAGUCGGUACAGACGAAAGAAGGUUGCCACACGACUUCUGGACUGCGUUAGGUGAGAAUAGAAACUGACGCUUGAGAAUACCUUCGACUCAAAAUAAAGGCUUCUAUCAGUAGUUAAAAGCAAAAAGGACUGGCCAUACUCUUAUAAAACUUACAGAACCAUAUAAAGUACAGCUCUGAACCUUCCAACCAAACGCUCACACCCUACAACUAAAGCCAGUACAACUCAUACGGUACUGUGUGAUGGACAAUUUCAAAAGAACAAAGGAAAGUUCUUGUCUUUAUCUUUGUGCUCUCCCUUAACGAUAGCCACAUUGCAAAGCAUAAAAAGACUACACAGAAAAGUGCUGCGUAUAGUAUGCACGUUUUUAGCCUGAAAUUCAUCCGAUUGCUUCGAGUCGUUUUCUCCUCUCAACAACGUCUGAAUCGACGGGCCAUUAAUGCCGUCCAGUGACGUCACUCACUACCCGAAAACCGGGUAGUGAUUUUGAUUGGUUUAUUGUCUAAACAUUCGCAUAAUUAUGUAUAAUUAUGAAAAAUUUUACCGGGAUUGUAGCUUGAUAUUCAGCGGAUCGCAUGACUGGCAUCCUUUCGUUUAGUUCAAACAUUUCGAUAAGCUUAAUCUUUAUCUUAAACAGCAAAAUUGCCCUUGUCUUCGAAACUGAAAUGUUAUAUUGAACUGGGAAUGAAGCAUCAUUGCGGAGAGUGGGUAGGUUUUUCAUUUGUAGCCGCUUUGUGGUUUCGGCAGCCGGUGAUUUUGUUUACCGCGAAGUUUUCUGAGAUCAAUGUUAUAAUGCGACCUUCUUGCUAUUUUUACCGUCAAGUGUAAUGAUUCUGUUAGCUCUUCUUUCUUGUCUCCUUGUUUUUUUUCUUCCUUAAGGCGGACCAAAUAGCUUCUUGUCAAUUAAAGCUAAUCAUUGUGUUUUUGAACUACGUGUUCCGUGUGUGUGUUUAUUUCAUUGCGUGAUUGCGACCGAGUUUGAUUAUAGAAUUUAGUACAACCGGUUCAGAGUUGUACUGCAUGCAGUUGAUAGUUUGAACGUUAAACAUGAAUUACGAUCGAAAAAAAUAAAGCACUUCUGUAUCAUGCAGACAUUUCCAAACGAUAUUUCUCGGUUUGCCACUUGAAAAUCGUGUUUUACUUUUUGCAUGAAUUAAAACAAAGGUCAAGGAGUAGUGACGUUACUGGACGGCAUUAACGGCCGGUCGAUUCAGACGUUACUGAGGGAGUAAUAACGACUGGAAGUAAUCGGAUGAAAUUCAGGCUAGCACGUUUUAGGAUUUCACUGAUACAUGGACUUAAAACAGCACCACGAUAAGACAACAACACAGGUGUGGUUGCGAACGGUCUGAAAUUAAGACGUUCUCAAUGGAAAAUGUGUUUAUUUUUCAAUAAUUUCGCAACAACUCUCCCGUCUUUAAGUAAACGAACUGUUCAACUAUUUGUUUGUUUGUUUGUUGUUGUUUUUUUAAUAGCAAACUUUACUCAUCAGUGUCGAAUUUUUUUUUGUUAUUAUUGUAGAAUGAACUUCCUCUAUGGAUGCGUUAUACCAAGGGAACUUGUCGCUUUUUCUGAUCCCACACCCGAUGGCAAGAGACUUGCCCAGACGUAUGCUGGGACAUCGCAAUUUCUUGUGUUUCGGUAGUCUGCGCACUGAGCUGAGGCGUGUUGACGAUUUUGAAGGCCACAUUUUAGACUAUUUAUAUUGUGCAUGCCCAUGCAGUUAACUUCAGUUGGAUAAAGUGCACCUUAUUAAAAAAUAUUGGAAGUCCUUUUUUUCUAUCUUUCUUUCUCCUUUUUUAGAGACAGCCAUCUAAAUGCGAUUUUCCUUUCAAAGACGAUUUUCCUUUCAAAGGCAUUCAUCCCAGUAAAGCAAUUUCGAAACCGAGACAUUUUAAUAAACGCAGUUUAAAAAAGAUUUUGAUGUACACACUGAAUCGGUGCGAGAAGGUUACGAAUUUUUACGACUUAGUGUGGACAGUCUUGGU